UUAUAAUGGAACGAAUUGAUUCAAAACGUAAAAUAUGUCGGUUAUGUUUAUCGGAAACUAUUGUGUAUUAUUCAUUACUUGAUGAAGAUAAAGCGAUUUACUUGGAAGCUCUUACUUCAAUAAAGAUAGAUGAAGAUGAACCAUUCUCGACAAAUGCUUGCGUCCAAUGUUGCCUUAGUUUGAAAUAUGCAUUCCAAAUUCAACAAAACAUUCUGGAAGUAGAUAGAAAGCUGCGUACAGUUGAUGAAUUAGAAUUAGAAGAGGAAUCUGCAGAAACAGCCCAGGAAGAAAUUAAAAGUGUUGAAGAUAAUACCGAAGAAGAACCAAAACAUACUCUUGACCAUGAUUAUGAAGGUCAUUCCAUCAACAUAUUUGUGGAUGAUGAGGAAAAUUAUGUUGAAUAUGAGCAGGUAAAAAUUGAACCCUAUUCAGAGGAAAACUCUUUAGAUGAAGUUACAGUACAAUCAGCAUCAGAUGAGUUGACUACAGAACAAAAUUUCGUUAUCCCAGAACUUAACCGUGUCGGUUACAAUAAAGUACCUUGUAAAAUAUGUGGCUUAGAAGUUGUAGAAAAAGAAUUAUUGCAACAUACCCAAUUCCAUUAUUUCUCUACUGUGAAAUGUGAUGAAUGCAAUUUGUCUUGUGAUAAUAUACAUUCAUAUAGAAAACAUCUUGCUGAAGAACACAAAGACUAUCCUUCUAAUAAAAGCUGGAGCUGCAAAAAUUGUAACACUUCUUUUUUAUAUAAACCAUUAUAUAUCAUUCAUUUUAAAAGCGCUCAUCCACCUAAAGCACCCGAAGAACAAGAACCUGGUACUUAUCAAUGUUUUUAUUGCAAGAAAAAAUUCUAUAGCGAAAGGCGACGGGACACUCAUGCUGCUACUCAUAAGAAAAAACAAUGCGACAUUUGUAGUGUUUACAUUACUCCUUCCAACUUUCCUGCCCACAGAAGAUCUCAUUUUGAAGAUGAAGUAGAAUGUCCGAUAUGUAGUAGAAAAUACAAGAAUACAAUAUCACUGAAAGGUCACAUCCAUUAUACUCAUUCUACAAGAAGUUAUUUAUGUGAAUUUUGCGAUAAAUCAUUCAAGAAAUCUUAUGCUUUGUUGUUGCAUAUUAAGAGAGAGCAUACUGGAGAGAGAUCUCAUGUUUGCGACUUGUGCGGAAAAAGUUUUCUAACGUUCUACAAUCUUAGUAAACAUAAGAAGAUGACCCACCAAAAAUUGAGACCUUUCAAAUGUAAUUAUUGCCAUAAGAAAUUUUCCUCUAAAUUUGCUGUCCGGACUCAUGAGCGUCAACACACUCUCGAUGCGCCAUUUCAAUGCGACAUAUGCGGUCAAAGUUUUCGUCAGAAGGUAUCACUCAAAGGACACCGAAAAUCAAUUCACAAUAUCGAAGAACCCCUUACGUGCGCUUGUGAAGUAUGCGGUAAAAAAUUUAGUAAUAAGUUUGCCGUUAUGAGUCAUAUGAGAUUGCAUUGAGUUUGUUUAUAUUUAUUCAUUUCAAUUUGUGAUAAAAAAAUGUUUCGUUAAAUAAAAUUGUUUUUUACAAA